GGUUGUCUAACCAAUCAGCUGUGACAACGCAGCUCUGUAGGCGCGCUUCUUUAGAACGCCGGUGUAGCCAUUUUUUUUCACGACCGUGAAGCAGCUAACUGAUUGAGGCUUUCUACAACACUGCUUCAAGGAUGGUCAAGAUCUUCAUUGGGAACCUUCCUCGGGAGGCUGACAAGGAUGAAAUUCAGGCAUUGUUCUCCCAGUACGGUGCCGUCACAGAAUGCGCCAUCGUCAAGAAUUUUGCUUUCGUCCACAUGGAUGACCGUAAGUCUGCCACCAAAGCCAUCCGCAGCCUGCACCUCUACAAGCUGCACGGCACGGCGAUAAACGUCGAGGCUAGUCGCGGGAAGAACCAGGGAGCUGUCAAACUCCACGUAACAAACGUGGAGAAAGGCAAUGAUGAUGAGCUCCGCACUUUGUUCGAGGAGUAUGGCACAGUGUCUGAAUGUGCUAUUGUCAAAAACUUUGCAUUUGUGCACAUGGACAACUCCGAUGAGGCUUUGGAUGCCAUCAAGGGAUUAGACAACGUUGAAUUCCAGGGGAAACGUAUCCAUGUCCAGAUAUCAAAGAGCCGUCCCAGGUAUGAGGAGGAAGAAGACUACCCCCCACCCCCACCUGAGAGGGGGGGUUACUGGCCCCCCCGUGGCUACCCCGGGGAGAGGCAUGAUCCCCCACCCCCUAGCUAUCUAAGAGGUCGUCACCCACCCCCUCAUCACGGGUACCCUGCCCCCCCUCCACCACCCCCUCCCCCUAGACGAGCCCCUUACCCAGAGCGUGCUUAUGAGCGCGAGAGGCAGAGCUAUGCUGUGGUGGAUUAUUAUGAGAAAUACAGGGCUCGACCUGCCCCUUACGGCAUAAUGUCCUAUGAUGAGAGGCGUGUAGGCUCCUUACCCCCUCCUCCCCCGCCCCCCUCUUCCAUGGUCAGGGAGCGUUUCAUGACCUCUGGCCUCGACCCAUAUGAGCGUCGCCCCCUCCAUCCUCCCCCGUCCGCGUACUACGCCAGGGACCGCAGUCCCAUUCGGAGAGCCCCUCCUCCCCCCAUGCCCCAUGCCGGUAACGGUUACUCCUACGAGCGUUCCCGACUGUCCCCCAUCUCUCGGCCCGCGAUGUACAACCUACCCCGUACCAGGGACCCCUACGCCGACAGGUUGCCACCGCCGCCAGCGACUCGCUAUUACUAAGCGGCGCACACCGGCGUUUGACUCAAGGUUUAAAUAUUUCAACAAGAUCUGCGUCCUCGUCACCGCCGUCGUCUCCUGAUGCACGCAGCGAUUUACCCCCCUCGUCUGUGGCUGAGCGCGUUUCCUUCUCAGGAGGAAUUGUAAUGCAUGACCUCUCGUCAUCUAAAACACUUUUAUUACAUUUGUAUGGUUUCCCCUUUUUUGUUUUGCAUUGUUUUAGUAUUGUGCUUUAGGUACCUUUUUUUAGUCUCAGGCUCCCAGAAGCCUUUUAGUCGUGCGUUUUUAUUUUACGUUAACAAUAUUUUGUCCUCUUGAUAUACUGUAACGUGUCAUGAUACAAACUUUUUGCUCUAAAAUCUCAUUUCUGAAAUUUGAUGAAUGGAAGCUGCAACACGUUAUUACGAAAAUGAUGUUAUUAAUGUAAAGUAAUCGUGACUGUAUAUCGACUUGAAUACGAACACUCGUGUUUCCUUUUAAAUUAUUGUCAGCACGUUUGUUCAAUCUAUCGUCUGAAAUUAGGGCAAGUUAUGGAUUAUGAAAAGGUAGCGCUCUGCGACAAUGUACAAAGACAUAAUAAACCACUACGAUGGACUAGUUGGUUAAUUUGUUAGUUGGACAAAUAUUUGCUGAUGGUAGCGAGUUACCCUAAGGUGGGUAAUGUUCUUAUUUGUAAUCAGAGGACAUGAUUUUAAUAAAUAAACUGAAUUGUAUAAUCA